CACCCCUCCAUGACCUCCACUACCCCUCCACCAGCUCCAUCACCCCCCAUGAGCUCCAUCAGCCUCCCCAUGAGCUCAAUCACUCUUCCAUCAGCUCCAUCAUCCCCCUACGAGCUCCUCCACCACCCCAUGAGCUCCACCACCGCUCUAGGAGCUCUAUCACCUCCUUUUCCAGCUCCAUCACCCCUCUCCCUGUGAGCUCCAUCACCUCUGCACUAGCUCCACCACCCUCCCAUGAGCUCCACCACUCCUCCAUGAGCUCCAUCACCCUUCCCACGAGCUCCAUCACUGCUCCAGCAGCUCCAUUGUCUCCCUAUGAGCUCCACCACCUCCCCAUGAGCUCCAUCACUCCUCCACAAGCUCCACCAUCCCCCUGGGAACUCCACCAGCCCCCCAUGAGUUCUAUCACUGCUCCACCAGCUCCACCACCCCUCUAUGAGCUCCACCAGCCCCCCAUGAGCUCUACCAACCCCCUAGGAGCUCCUUCAUCCCUCCCCAUGAGCUCCAUCACCGCUCCACCAGCUCCAUCACCCCUCCACCAGCUCCAUCAUCCCCCCAUGAUCUCCACCACCCCCCCAUGA